AUGGCGAGAACCACUGUCGGAAAAUAUCGGAUUUCACCUUGUAUGAAGAUCUCAGCAGACCACAUUCUCCUGCGCAAUAUAGGUAUGCUCAUUUGUCUGUUGAUGUUGAUUUUCACAGAGAAUCCUUUCACAUUGCUGUGGGUGAAUCAGGUGUUGCCAAACUUUCCUGGCUUUGCCGAAGCUUUUCACUGCUCUCCAGGAUCCAAGAUGGUUUCAAAGGAUCGUUGCUCCAUUUGGUGA